GGCCGUGUCAUGCCCGUGGAUGCCCGUUGAUGCACGUUGAGGCUGAGUCGAGGGUCUGGGAUUUCGAGGGCAGGAAUCGCAUACAUGACUGUUGCGGGCGGAACGGUAAACAAUGUGAAAGCUGCCAAUACAUGAUACAUAUCGUUGCUUGCAUUUUCCUAACCCGAUCUUGAUCUACUUGAUGAUUGUUACAGCAAAAUCGGGGCAUAUUACCUCUAAGCCAAAAAUCUUUCAGGGGCUACAUUCUUCGUCCAUAGGGUCAUUUAUUGUUCUGACAAUGGCUUUUUGCUUUGGUGGUGUAUACUUCCAACAUUGGAUCCACGGAACGCUGGCAGGCCCUCUCUUAUCGAUAAGCUGAUAUGCCGAUAAGCGAAAAUUUUCGGGGCGCGGAGAUGUGCCCUCACAAGUUGUUCCUUUGUCGCGACGCCCAUUCACCAUGCCUGAGAAGGUGCACACCCACUUUGGUGACCUGGACGAUAAGUCCUCCAAGCAGACACCCAAGGUUGCAUCGGAACCGACGAUAGUCGAGGACGUGAGCCGCAAGAAGAAGCGCAACAAGAAGCGGAAGCGCGACGAGCCCGCCGAGGAAGCCCAGGCACAUCGCAACAAUGUGCCGGUACAGGCUGAGGAACAUGUCGAGACCCCUGCACCGGUCAUAGAGAAGCCUAUUACAGUACCCGUUGUGAACAACCAAUCUGAACUCGAAUCCGAAUCCUCGCCCGACCAGACCGCCGCCCGGAAAUCCAAGCCAAAGUCCAAACCCCCCAAGACCCUCACCGAUACAAAGACCAACUUCACUUCCCUCCGCGAAAAGGCCACCGCCCUCUAUGAACUCCGCAAGAAACUUCCCAUCUUCGCACACGCCGAUGAAAUCCGACAGAAGCUCCGCGACCGAGAUGUUAUGCUGUUGGUCGGUGAAACCGGUUCCGGAAAGAGUACCCAGAUCCCACAGUUUCUGGUGAACGAGUUCUGGUGCCGACCGACGCCCGCCAAGGUCCUUAAAAAGAAUGGAACCGAGAAGUCUGUCACUGUCGGUGGAUGUAUUGCGAUCACGCAGCCACGUCGAGUCGCGGCGAUCUCGCUGGCACGGCGUGUGGCCGAGGAAAUGGGUACACCACUGGGAUCUUCUUCGCCAGCUAGUAAGGUUGGCUACUCGGUGCGAUUCGAUACGUCUACGUCACCUAGUACGCGGGUGAAGUUCUUGACUGAGGGAAUGCUCCUUCAGGAGAUGCUGCAUGAUCCUUGGUUGACCAAGUACAGUGCCGUUGUGGUUGACGAGGUCCACGAGCGCGGCAUCAAUGUUGAUCUCGUGGCCGGUUUCCUCCGGAACUUGGUCUCUGGGAAGAAGGAGGGUCGGGGUGGUGUGCCACUUAAGGUGGUAGUCAUGAGUGCUACGGCCGAUAUGGAGAGUUUGAUGGGCUUCUUCCAGGAAGGGUUUACGGAGCAGGAGCAGGAGCAAGAGGAAAAGCAGGGGCAAAAGCAAAUAUCCAACGGGGUCGAGAACGGCGAUCGCCCGGAAGAAGCAUCAAUGGCGAUAACGGCUUGUCAUAUCAAGGGUCGACAGUUCCCUGUCAAGACGAUCUACUCGCCCGAGCCUGUGCAUGAUUUUGUCGAUGCGGCCUUGAAGAUCAUUUUCCAGAUUCAUUACAAAGAGCCUAUGCCAGGUGAUAUCCUGGUUUUCCUCACGGGCCAAGAGACCGUGGAGAAUCUGGAGAACUUGGUCAACGAGUAUGCCAUUGGCAUGGAUCCGUCAUUACCCAAAAUUCUCGUUCUGCCUCUCUUUGCAGCUCUCCCUCAAGCUGCCCAGCAGCGAGUCUUUGCCCCCGCUCCACCGCGCACCCGCAAGGUCAUUCUGGCUACCAAUAUUGCCGAAACAUCCGUUACCGUGUCCGGUGUGAGGUACGUGGUGGACUGCGGCAAAGCAAAGGUCAAGCAAUUCCGUACCCGCCUCGGACUGGACUCGCUGCUGGUGAAGCCCAUUUCCAAGUCGGCUGCCAUCCAACGGAAGGGUCGUGCCGGUCGUGAGGCUCCCGGUCAAUGUUUCCGGUUAUAUACCGAGAAGGACUACCUCGCACUUGACGAGACAAACACUCCAGAGAUUCUGCGCUGCGAUCUAACUCAGGCUCUUCUGAAUAUGAAGGCCCGCGGCGUAGACGAUAUCGUGCGAUUCCCCUUCCUGACCCGCCCACCGCGUGAAGCUCUCGAGAAGGCCCUGCUUCAACUAUUGAACAUCGAUGCGCUUGCAGACGACGGUAGCAUUAGUGAGAUUGGUCUCCACCUCGCGAAGCUCCCCCUCUCACCGACCCUCGGACGAGUGCUCUUGGCAGCCUCGGAGAAUGGGCACGACUGUUUACUGGAUGUCAUCGACAUCAUCUCCUGCUUGAGCGUGGAGAACAUCUUCCUCAACACGACCUCCGAGGAAAAGAAGGAAGCAGCCGAGACGGCCCGACGGGACCUCUACCGACGCGAAGGCGAUCAUCUGACGAUGCUAUCCACCGUGCGGGCGUACGCAGGCGAAAACGUGGAUCGCAAGGUGUGGGCCGAGCGACACUUGGUUUCCCAUCGGGCAAUGCAGUCAGUGAUGGACGUCCGCAAACAACUCCGCUCUCAAUGCCGGCACGCUAAAAUGCUCCCGCGCGAAGAACGAAACGAUCACUACCCCGAUCCAUCGCCGGAUCUCAUUCUACAAAGUUUCCUGAGUGGCUUUGCGACCAACACCGCCCGGUUGGUGCCCGAUGGUAGUUAUCGCACGAUCGUCGGGAACCAGACGGUCGCGAUUCACCCGUCGAGUGUACUGUUCGGCAAGAAGGUGGAGGCGAUCCUGUAUAAUGAGUUUGUGUUUACUAACCGGAGUUAUGCGCGCGGAGUGAGCGCGGUGCAGAUGGAUUGGGUUGGGGAAGCCUUGGCUGGGAGGUAAAUCGUUCCUCGGGACGGGGACCAAUGGUGACUGUCCAAGACUGGCGUCGAGUGUACGGAGUAUAUACCCAUGAAUGAGCGAUCAGAGAAUCUUACUUCUAUUCAUCGACCUGUGCUCCCUAGAUUAUUUAUCAUGACACAUCAGGGUGACGGUGAAAAGGCCACGAUUGUGCGUGGCUUUUGGAGGGAGACUCGUGGUCUUACCACCUGGCGCUCCUUAGGAUCCUCAGCUAAUACAUGAUUGAUUCAAGUCUGCCAAGAAUAACAUGGCAUAUAGCUCGUGGGUGGCUCUGUUUUUGUAUGUUUGGCUCACUACGAUAGGCGAAU